AUGAGUCACCCCAGUCCAUCUCCAGCUUUCGAGCAGAACACAAUGAGUGUUUCUUCAGAGCUAAGACCCCAGCUCACUUCCCUUAAAGAAGAGGGUCCAGAAGAGGAACUCAAUAGCUUGAGCAACCUUGCGGAAGACGCAAUCAGUUUUCUAAUACCAACUGAUAAUAGUAACAGUGACCAUAUUGGCCUGGAAUGCCCUACCAAUUGUCCGUGUGUUUGCCACCCCCCAUCUCCACUUCCUGCUGUAAAUGAGUAUCGGCCUUCUGUGAUCAUGGUUCCAGUGGCCAGAGAGCACGGGAAACAACCAUCUGUGACUCAUUUCCCGAUUGCCAUGCAGGUAACUAAUUAAAAAUGAACUAGGGUUGUAUUACAACAUGGGCCGAAGUAAGCGAAUCCGGAUUCUCGAAUCCGGGAAAUUUUUGUUGGUGGAAUCCAGAAUCCCGGGCUUUAGAAUCCGGAAUCCUAGUUCCUCUGAUAAAGAAUCCGGAAUCCAUGGUGUGGAAUCCAGAAUCCAAUACUGUCUUGGACCUCUUACAUAAGGCGAACAACUUCUCAAUACGAUCAUAAUUUUUUGCCACCCCAGUGCAAUACCAUUUGGGUAUUCAGGUAGCCGUAGCCGUAAAGAUUUGACUGUAGUAAAAUCUGUACGUAUUUUCCUCUUCUUCCAGAGUGAAGGAAAUCUUGCACAGCCCUCCAAAAAGACUCCUCGUCGGAAACCUGUAAACAAAGUGGUAAGCAAAAAAGAGACUUCUUGUUUUUCAGUUUUAAUCAGAAAUGACAGGCAACUGUGAUAAUGGUAUUAAACGGUGCUUUAUCUAAGGGGUUUGGGGGGAGUCCUGAGGGUACGUGAAGAAAACGAGAAAGACAAUAAGCAUUUGGUUCUCGUUUUUUAGGGGGAGUCCUAAGGGUACGUGAAAAUGAGAAAGGCAGUAAGCAUUAGGUUCAUGUAAAUUGCUUAACGAAGCCCAGAACGUAGUUGGCUCAGUUGAAAAAAGCACCCGUCUGCUGAGUGGGAGGCCCAAGUUCACGUCUUGGCGAGGGUCUGGUAAUAGCAUGCUCGCUGUGUUUAAGGCCCCGAUGUUGGGUCACCCUCCUAGCCAAGCCAACGUCUCUGCGGCACAUAAACAUUUAAUCUGGCUCGCCCACCGGGGAAAAUUGCGUCAACGCCAGAAAAUUAAAGCAUGCGUGAAUGCUGUUCUCAAGUCUUGGCUAAGGCUAAUCGGCCAAUUUUUUCUCAUAACAGUGCUUGCUAAGGUUGACAUGGCUGAGAGGGUGCCCCUCUUUCCCGGAACUACGGUGCCUAGGAUCUUUUCUCAGUUCAGGAGCUAAGUUCGCGUCAUGGGGUUGAUAGGGAGCUUUAGCAACGACGACGGUGACGACAACGAGAACAGCAAAAAAGCAAUAGUAGAUGAGCAAAACAACAACUCCGCACGCACUCGCAUCACACUUUUUUGUACAUUUCUUUGCCGUUACUGCACGACUACGCCGUGAUACUCCUUAAUUUCACGUAUUGUGGAGGACGUGAACACAAAACGACUUCCUUUUUCUUUUCCUGAUUCUCGAUAAAGUAUUUUAGAAUUCAACUCUAAAAAACUGCCAACAUUUGACGAACUGAACCAGCUGGAAUAAGCGCGAUAGCGUUUGAGGCAGCGCGGGUUCACUUUUAGGUUUUUGUAGCCGUCACCGUCGUUGCUUAAGCUCCCUAAUGUUAAGCCGUUGGCGUUGUCUUCUUCAUCCUUCCUUCAUCAGUUAACUCAAAGGGACGUAAAAAACCCCACCCUAGUUUUCGAAGAGAGAAGAGGAAAUCUUACCAGUGCUGCUGUCUAUCUCUUCCUCUGCUGCCUCUUAACAUUUCUCACAAAUGUCAUACAUUACCGUACUUAUUCGGUUUAGCACAUCCGUACUUAUUCGGUUUUUCUUAAUCAGCGUUUAUUUAUAAAUCGUUUUUCUUAUGUCACUGACAGCAAUUACGAUAAAUACUUUGUAAAUAUUGUGUAAAAUAUAUAGAUGUUUAAGGUCUCGCUUUUUUUGCUUAGGUAAGAACGUUAUUGUCUUGAUUGAGUAGAUUUCCAAGCUGUACUUUUUUCUUUUUCUUUUUUUAUUCUAGUGCAGUGUUUGGGCAAUGGGGCAUUUGGGCGUACGGAACUCACUGCCAUGAUUUGCUUGCGUGACCACCAAACAAUUCACCAUUUACACAUAAUGCACCUUGUUUACCCCCAAAAAUUUUGCAUAGCCAUUGUUUUUGAUUUCUCUUGGGACGAAUGCAAUAAUGGCGCUUCCGCGCACCCGAAGCGCGCGCGGCUGAGCCCUAUUUCUAAGACAAAUAUACCUUCUUACCGAUAAGGCGGCUAUAUGGAAUUAAUUUGAUUUAAGGAGUAUUAUGGGAUGCCCAGGGGACAUGAGCAAGAUCCGUUGUACUCGCUUAGUAUUAGAAAUAAAAAAAAGAAUUAUGCAAUGAGCUCAUGCCCCCUGGGCAUCCCAUAAUACUCCUUAAAUCGAACUUAUUCAAUAUGGCCCCGUAUCUGAAAAAGGUCUAUUGGAAACCUAUGGAUGGGAGAAAAUUUGUUCAUGACGUAGAGUACGCCUGAACGACCGUCCGUACACCCACUACAUGUAAGCCAAUGUCAAAUGUCACAUUAACAGCUGUCAAAAUCAGACAUCCGCUGACAACUAUCACAUGACUAUCUCGCGGGCUCAGAUGAAAGGCUAGUCGUUUUGCCCCUACAUAUAAGCUGAUGUAAUAUGUAACACUUACGAACAUAAAAAUGAAACUACGCUUUCACAGGGUAGGGCUGUCAGUCGGCUACCAGUAGUUUAAAGUUAUAUGAGCAAGCCAAAUUCGGAUUAAUUGACGGCUGUCAAAAUGGGACAUGUGCAGAACACAAUCAGAAAACUAAUAACGUAGGCCCAGGUACACCAUCUGACAUUUCGCCACUACAAGCCGCACUGAAAUGGGCUUCCCUUAGUCGCAGUCGACAGUCCCUUUAUUCGAAUAUUUGCCAUUCUAGUAAAGGUCAAUUGACAGCUAACGAACUAGAGCAUCCACUGGCGUCAUCAUCUGACCGUAUUGCGAGCUCAUUUUUCUACGCAUUGAGGUCACGUGUUUUUUUAAGUUUCCCCCUGAUAUUUUAUUUGAUCACGUGCUCAAUUUUGUAUUUUUAGUGGAUCCUCAUAGCUUAGAAAAUCUAUCCAUCCUAGAAAAUUUGGCAAUCACGUGACCGUACACCGACCGCCUGACCUUCCGCACCACAGGCAUACCAAUGUUUAAUCUCACACUUUCUCGCUAGUUUGGGAGCCUGCAGCCUGAUAUUGUACAUCCAUGUGGCAAUCCCUGUUGUGAUCAACUGACAACUGCUAAAACAGUGAAUCCGCUGACCAGUAUCGCCUGACCGUAUAGCGGGCUCAGGUAUCGACCCACUGAGUUCCAGUGUUUUUGGAAAUUAACCGCUGAAAAUGUGCUACUUUUCGAAUGAUCGCAGGCUCAAGUUCUAGUUUUUGGAAAUGUAUAUGAUUAAAGUUGUGUUCAUGAGCCGCACUAUUAAAGUUUUGAUUUCAAACUGACCUCGGACGCGAAAAUUCAGCCAGUUAUUGCAGGCAGGGAAGACAGUUGCUUUUGCUUUUUCUCUGGUCACGCUUUAGUCAUGCUCUUCGUCCACCUUUUAUGCUCUGAUUGGUCAAAAUUUGACAGGUGAGUUCAUGUGGAAACUUUAUGAAGCAUCUGGAAACUUGUUUUCUGAGAGCUGAAGCUGACAUAUUUUUGUGUCGCUAUCUUGUCAUGUUUUUAAAUGUCCUUUUCCACUAGAUGUACAAAAUGAAAUACAGCUGACAGCUGCUAUCAAGAUUCUUCUGUAAUUUAUGGCUGGUUUGUUUAUUGGGUUUAUGGUUGAGAAAUGCGCCGCCUCGGAAAUCCAAUUUCGGAUCGCAUCGUUUUCGUUUUUCACGUUGCUUGAUGCGUAAGAGGGUUUUGAAGGCUUAAGCGAUUCUGGCCUUACCUGAUGGCCUUCAGGAGCUGCAUCUCGACCGGUAAGCCUGAGAAAUUAUUGUAUUUGAUGUUUCUUUUUUUUCAGGUUUCGAGUGUAGUUUAUGCCGCUAGCUAGUUUAUGCACGAGACCAUGAUCUGACCUACAAUGAUAUCACGUUUGAAAUAAGCCUACAGAACUUUAAAAGGCCUUUAGACAUUUUCUGACCGCAAAUGCAAAGAAAACGUUUCGUAGAAUAUUUAUUUAUGAUGUUGGCUGUAAAAAGAAAGUUCUGAGCGAUUUUCUUGCCUCGAGUUCAUCUGGAAAAAUAGCAAACGCCGGGAAGCCGGCUUAAAACAUAAUCUGCAAGGUUUAAGUUUAUAAGCUUAUGCGUACCUGACUCAUGAUCUUCAGAGACACUUUACUCUAAAUACGUAUACUUGUCUUCGUGAACGAAAAUUGUUGCCUCUGUACAUGUGUCACCUAAUUAUGUAUAUUUUAUUGGUUGUUAGUAGUCUCUCUUGCAAUUUUGAUCGCUGCGCCGCUUGUUUUCUUUCCUACAUAAACAUCGCGUGCAGGAGUACUCCCUGAGUACUCAAAAUGCCGCGCGUAAAUAUCAAACGCCUUUAAAGAUUACACAUAACAAAGCCAUAAAUAAAGGGAAAUAAAACCUAAAAAUAAUAAAUUCUCUAUCAUGCUGAAACUUUACUCUAUUAAUAUUUAUUCAAAAACUAACAGCCGGCACUGGAAGUUUGGUGCUUGUCAAAAGUGAGAACACGUCCUGCUGGCCGUAUAUAGGUGAUUUUGGGAAUUUUUUGGAUCGUUUUCGCUAAAAGCUCAUACUUAUUACCCUGCAUAUCACAUAAGAGCAUAAUUUCCUGAUUGAGCAGUCCCUGCGUUAUGGAGUUCUCUUCGUGAAAACGUUUUAUAAUGUGGUCUGUUCUAUACCGUAAUUUGUUGUGCAAAGGAAGGGCGUGCUUCGAUCGUCCUGGACUGAUUGAAUGAGUGCAAUUUGUCUUGCAAAAUUGUGAAAAACUGGAGAAUUAACAGCCUCGUACCCAGGCUUGUUCGCGCUAUCCGAGUGACCAGAGGAGGCUUGGAACCGAGCGCGAUAGCGAAUUUUCCCGACAAGCUUGACAGGUGACGUCACAUCCGAAAUCGCCGAGGACGACUGGCAACGAGGCUGGAGAAUUAUAGGUUUAAAUAGGGCAAAAACGAAAUUCUGUCCUAGGUCUGUAUGAUAAAAAAAUCAGCGCCCCCUAGAACUGUUUACCUCAAACGUGAUGUAUAAAAAGUUUAUUUAAAAGGCUGGUUUACACGCCACCAGAUUUGUCGCCAAGAUUUACUUGUAAAGUAAACUUGUCGAACACAAAAAAUCCGGCCUGAUUUCUUAUCUUGGCCUCUCUUUUAGACAGAGGAAUGCAACGUGUAAAUUUCUUGGCUGCCACCGAGGACCAACCUGUGUUGCAUAAAAUUAUAUUUCGGGGCUGUCCAAUCAUCCAUAGUCUCUCCAACGGAGUGGUUGGAGGGACUAUGAAUUAACCUUAUAAAUUAAAGGUGAUGUAGGUGGGCGACUGACUGGAUUAUUUUGUUUGGGAAGAAUUUGUUUUCCAGGCCUUAUCUACUGUGAUCGAAGAUGAUUGCUAUUAUUGGGUAUACACAUAAGACUAUUAACUCGAUGAAAAACUGAAUAGAUUUGUUUGACUUCUGGACAGUCAAGUUAUUUUUCUCUAAAAUCACUAAACCUUUCCCACAAAAGUCACAUGAAUGUGCCCUAUAGUUAACUGAUUUGUGGAUUACAAGUUUAAUGUUUGAUUUAAAUUAUAAAUUUAUUAACGUGUUCUUCGCUUUUAGCCCUGGCUAAAUCUAUAUAUUACCCAGGAGAAAUUAGAAACAAUAGUUAUGCAAAAUGUUGGGGGGUAAACAAGCUACAACCAGUUGCAAAAAUGUUGAGGCACUCCCAUUGCAUUGUGGUCCAUCUGAAAAUGGUGAAUGGCUUCCUAGUGGGCAAUUCCCAAUCCCCAAAGCACCCUUCAUUGAAUCAGUUGUAUACAUGUAAAAUGUAAAGGGGAUACGCUCUGUUCCUUUCUCAUCUGCGACCUUACCUCACAUUGCAUUAUAAGCACAAAACCGUUUCUUUGAUUUUUUCGAAAGUCUGCUGAAAAACGGAAGAGGACUGCAGGUACCGCCAUUCCGCGUGGACGGGUAAGUCCAAUGCACUUCAGGAUUUGUACGCAACAAUGUGUGCGAUAAUAUGUUUAAACUUUAAUAAUGUCGACAUCCAGAUCUUGCUGCUCUUGCUCAAUGCUUCCUAUCUCGUUAUAAAUCUCUCACUAUUCAAUAAAAGUUGAAGGAUAGUUGUUUACUAUUAUUAGUGCACUCACAUGAAAACUGUUUAAAACCGUUUUUUAUUAGGGAUGGGAAAAACAAGCAAUAAAAAAUAUCAGAUAAAAACUUAGAACUUAGGGCCGUUGUAGUCUUGGAAAAAAGAAUCGUUGUUAUAAUCAAGAUUUGCGGUCAUAUUGGAGAAUGAAACUUUAUCUUCGAAUUUCUUUCAUGUUGUGCUCUCAAUUCUAUUCGAAAUUCGAAUUUAGCCUGCAAUACCAGUGGAUACGGGCGUAUUUUUUGGGCAGACGAAAUCUGCUUGUUUAAUGUCCUUAAAACAGUAUUACAGGUUUUCUUUUACCAGUUUCGAUAUGAGUGUUUGAGCCGUAGAAAUUAGCAAUUACAUUUUUGCUGUCACCUUUGACACAAUAUAAAAGUGUGGUGCAGCCACCACACCUUUGAGUUUAUCUUUGACGCGCGUCAAAGGUGAAGUCAAAGUUGUUACGUAUUUGACUUCGCAUUUACCAAGGUCAAAGGAGUAAGCAAAUAGGUUAUAUAUUUGGCUGCAUCUUUGACGCGCGUCAAAAAUGAAGUCAUAGCCGAUACCAAACUUUUAAAUCCAAUUUUUCGUCUGGUUGCUGGUCUCGCCGUCGCCGCCAUCUUUGAUUUUUGGAAAUUGGGGAGAGCAGAAAUAACAUGCCGGUUUACUCCAACUAGAAACAAUCGGGAACACAAAGAAGAAUUCUUGUGACACCGAACCAUGUAUUAAUUACGAACGCCAAUCACUAAAACACAGCAAUUACUAUUGUCGUGUCUUUUCCCGCCGCUUAAAAUAUGAUAAAACAUUUUCUUUGUCUCGGUUGCACGUGACUUCAGAUUGUAUGGUUCGGUCGGUCAUAAAAGUUUGUUUCCUAGUUUGUUAGUUGUUGUUCCUAGUUCCUAGUAUCUUCGAUAUAUUUGCUAGUAAGACAGUGGAAAAAAGGAGCGAAAUAAUUAAAUGACGGAAAGAACUGGAAAUUUGUACCCAGCGAUAAUCUCAUGUGUAUCUUCCCGCUUCUCAUCGAUGUGCAUAAAGUAUUUCUUUAAAAUUUUGUGAGAAAACGUUGUUGAAUCAAGUGUUACUUGCAGAGAUAUAUGCUGUUUGGAGGUUCAUUUGUAUUUAUAUCAUUUGUAUACUUGUUGUUUUACAAACCCGAGAUGGCAGAAAGCCAGCGAGCAAAGCGUGGCAUUAACAUUGUUGAAAGCAGAAGGGAGUUAAAUACAGUUGCUGAUAAUUCUUGUAAAGAAAUGCUGCAUUAAAAAAAUAAAAAACUGGUCAUCUUGGCGUAUUAACAAAGAUGAUGAGUAUUUGACAGAUUACAAAUUCUCCAUAAGUUGGCGAAGACUCGCGUCCCUUGGAUAAUCAGUGGAAACGAUAUUUGCGUGUCAACUAUGAUUUGAUCCAGUCAUUGCACGUGAGUGCUGAAAGAACAUAUGAGGAGCAUCAGUAUGCUGAAUCCAACAGAAACGACAACUUAUAUCUUGACUUAAUAAACCAGUACAUAGCUUCUGAAGAAGGGAUUGCAGAUGUUUCCAAGACAUAAGAUAAUAUGGUGGAUGAUGACAUAACGCAACUUACCAUUAUCUGAGCGUGAGGAUGAUGUUCGAAAUAUUUGUUUUGUCCGUUCAAAAGUGUCUAGUGUCCAGGUCAGUUGCAGUUGCUCAUAAAAAUGCAAGAUUAUAGGAAGUUUUUUCUUCUGAGAAAAAGAUGGAACAAUUGAAAAGAGCUAAAACAAGGAGAUAAAAGAAAGAAAAUUAAAAAUAGAAAACCAAAUCGCAGAAGCUGAGGAUGCUUUAGAAUUGACUAAAACCAAAGUUUAACUUUAUGAGGAGCUGGAAGAUUUCCUUGGGGUUCUAUUAGCAGAGCAAAUAGUGUGCAAGACCUAAACUGUGUGGAGUAAUUUAAAGAAACUAAACCCAAACCCACAGUUGAGGAGUCAAUUGAAGCAUACAGAAAGCUGGAGAAUGCGGAACAUAAACCCAAGAAAAAGGAUGGGAGACAGAAUUGCAGGCACCACUAUCCGAGAAAACAGAGCCGCAUAGGUUUCAUUAUUUAGCUUAACCCCAGGUGGAGCAGCAAUGUCAGAGCCCAGUGUUAAAGAGCGUAGUCUGAAUCCGGUAGCAAUCCCCUUUAUAAAUAAAGCUUUACCGCCCAAUCAGGUUUUUUUUCAUUCUGGUAGUGUAUCGUUUCUGACCCCUUCCACUAAGACUAUGAUGACAAAGCUUACAACCAGUACAAACUCAACAAUAACGAAAAAUAGUUUCCGUUCAUUUGGACGUAGUCAAGGUCUCUGGUAAAUCUUGUGAAUACUCCAGAUUUAAAUCAAGUUUUGAUGGAAUUGUUGGUACCCAGAACAUUUCAGAAGCUCAGAAAAUGGCGCGUUUGUUGCAAUUUCUUGAUAAAGGAGCUAGAAGUGCUGUUGCUGGGUUUUGAAGAGGUGCCUGGGUAAGGCCCAAAACGUGUUGUAGCAACGUUUUGGACAAGCGAAUAUUGUUGCAUAGGCAUGUGUUGAUGCUUUAUUUGAUGGGCCAAACAUAUCAUAAAACGAUGGACAAGAGCUGCAGAAAUUUGGUGACCGCUGAAGGACAUUUUAUGGGACUUUAAGGCCACUGAACUCUCUUUCGGAAAUGAACAUGUCAAAUUUGGCGGAAACGUGGGUGAAGCUACCUGUAGUGCUACAGAUUAAGUGGAAAGAUGAAGCUCUGAGAAUUAGGGAAAGAAAAGGUUUCCCAACUCUUGAGGAUCUAGUGGAGUUUUUUGAAAGGAGAGCUGAAGCAGCUAAUGAUCCAGUCUUUGGAAGGGUUGGAGAGACAAAGCAAUUAUUUCCAAGAAGGAACCCAAAAGCCAGUUGACAUCCAUUACCUUCGAGUCUUAAUGCGGUGGCUGGGACCAAGAUAAUGACAAUGGCAGUGCAAGUUGGACGUAGUGACUCACCGAAACCAGAUAUGGACACGCUGGGAAAAAAAGUGAUAAAAUUCGGCCAAAAGAUUGAGUGGGGGCGUUAUAGGCACAAACAUUUUUGGAGUUCUUGGGGCUAUAACUUUCUUUCCUUUAAGGGCAUGACACUGAAAUUAAUACAGGCAACAAUACUUCACUCCAGGAAAAUUUUGGAAUAGGCGUUUUGUCGGUAAAGAGUAAAGUGACCCUCUAGUGGCCAAUUAAAAAAUCAAAACUCCCAAAGACUUCUCCUCCAAGAGAAUUAAACCUGAAAGUGUGAUACUUUGCAGAAAUAUAGUGCGCAUAAAAUUGAAGAACUUGUCCGAUUUGAAAUCUCAACUUUCAUUUUUGUGACGUCACAACUGAUGACGUCACAAAAUGGACUUUUUGGUCAUGCGUAGUACUAACCCAAAAAAUGGAGAAUUUGAAAGAAAAACUUAAGACAAAUACAAAGUGAAAGUCUCUACUCAUUAUCUUCUAUAGUUUAAGAGAUAUUUGUAACAUUCCACGCAUAUUUUUAAACAAACUUUGGACACAUUUUGUGGCCGAUUUUUAGCACUUUUUUCCCAGCGUGGAUUCGAAUUCUAGCAUGCAGAAAGUAAUGUUAUGGCUGUAAGUCUACACACAAGGUAGAGCAUAUAAACAAAUCUGUACGACAGGGAAUAGUCUUCGUAAGGUACAAGGGACUUUGUUGGAACUGGGUACCCAAGGGACACUUUGUUAAUAAGUGCCAAUCAACUUUUAAAUGUAAACAAGGUGAACAAGCACACCAUUCCUUACUGCGCAAACCAACAGAGGAUAAAGAGGGAACAAUGGCGAAUCCAAAGGGAAGCUCAGGACCGAAAGACCAAGCUAGUGUGAAUGCUGUAACAGAUCAUCUGUUAACACUCCAGGUCCCACGUAUUCCACGACCUCAAGGACUAAGGUUUCAUUACAAGUUUUUCCAGUUAAGAUAACGAGCGAAGAGGGACACUGUUAUGUUACAACGUAAGCACUACUUGACACUGGGAGUGAAGAGACAUUUCUGUAAAAUGCUAUUUUUAAUUCCUAGCGUAGCGACUUUAUAAUCUCUUCGCGCGCGAGGCGCGCGCGUAGUCUGCUAACCGCGCGUGGUCUUAGCCAGCUGCAAAAUUCGAUGCGCCAUAAAUCUUUUCAUGAAUAUAUAUUCUUGGUGUCCGCCAAUGACGUCAUGGAGCAUUUUGCGUUUCCAGGCAACAUAGACUUUGCCGCCGAUGACCAAGGUUUUGAUGUGUUUAUUCAUCGUCUGUGAAACAAAGUUUACUAUCGGUGAAUCACGAACAAUUUCCCAUGCAAAUGAAACACAAGCACAGCAGGUGCAAAACCUCGCCCAGGAAGAUUUUCCACCGAAACUCCUCUGGAACGAGAACGCCGACUUCAAAUUUAACGUGAACAACGAAGGAGAAGACGUGAACAAGAAACUGCGGAGCAGAGAGAACAUCGCCCAGCACAGCGAAGGCAACGCCUUCAACAAGAGACAUGCAGAGGAACAGGAGAUUGGAAUCAGAGGCAUUAUGAUCUUUUCACACUGUGGAAAACCCAGAUUUCUCAGUUUGCCGGUUUCCCCGCCGAUAUAUAGAUCAACGUCUGCAAAGCUUCAGCUCAGUAUUACGGCCCGAAGUAUCAUAAUUUUCAGGCGAACUGCACUGCCAUAUUUGUUCUUUGUUUUUGCCUUUUUCUAAAUCCGGACGCCGAAAUAAUGCUAAAACUGCUUCUCAAUACACUGUUAACAAUAACACCACACAAUAGGCAAAAAAGAAGGAGAAGAAAAGAAAGAACAACGUAUGGACCUUUACGACGAUAUUCGUGGGUGGUCACCCAUCCAGUUCUUAAUCCCGACUGACAGGGCUUAACUUGAGUGCCGUUACCAAACCGAGUUUCGCGAGGGUUAUUGCGAGAUACGUAUUUCUAGUAACUUGGGUUUCAAGUAAGCAACUGUGACACUUUGGCUGAAUACACAUUGUCGGGCGAGUCCUGUAUUAAGGUUGGUCAAGCCAAUCGUCAAGUGAAAGCUGUUGAUAGCCGGGACAAUCGUACCCUAGUAAAUGAAAACGUUAGAAGUUGUAGACAAACUUAACAUCACAACAACAAGAGCAAAAGACUUGUCUAAAUGGCCUCAUUUAAAGGAUCUCGAAAUCGCUGACGUAGAUGACGAACAGGUGACCAUGCUGAUUGGAGAAUACGUUCCCGAAGCUCAAGUGCAUGAAAAGCGCAGAAGAGGGGGAUCAGUAGAACCGUAUGCUGUUCGCACUUUCCUGGGUUGGUCUGUGCUUGGACCAGUUGAUGCUGAAACAUUUUGCGCUCCCAAGAGAAGAAUGUGAGUUUUGUGAAGUAUGGUCAUGGGCGGUCAGAUCAGCAGAUGAAACAAUUUUUGAGGCUUGAAGACAUUGCCAUCAACGGGAGCUCCAAGAAAGAAAUGUCAAUUGAGACCAGGAAGCACUGAAAAGGGUGGAAAUCGCAGUUUGUGUAGUAGGUGGACACCAUCAAGUUGGAAUGCUAUGGAAGAGUGAUACCCCUUGGCUGCCAAACAACAAGCAUACGGCAGAAACAAGACUACUGUCUUUAAAGAGAAAACUCAAGCGUGAUGAGAACUUUCACAGUAAGUGUAGAGAGUUUAUGGAGAACCUCAUUCAGAAAGGAUAUACCAGAAAGCUGGCUGAAGAAGAGUCGGUGCGCCGAAGCCAAAGGACAUGGUAUUUUCCACAUCAUGGUGUGUUUGACCCCCAAAAGCAAGACAAAAUUCGUGUAGUAUUUGAUGCCGCUUCCUUGCACGAUGGAUUUUCUCCUAACAACCACUUGCUCCAGGGUACUGACUUACCUGACAGUUUGCUUAGUAUUUUGCUGCGGUUCAGACAAUAUCCAGCAGCACUAGUAGCUGACAUAGAGGGAAUGUUUAAUCAAGUCAAAGUUGAGCAAACUUUUGUCUAUGCUAUGCGGAUCUUGCGAAGCCAACCCUUCUUAUUCAAGGUUCGUGAACCCCACCAACUACCUACCAAACGAGGAAUUCUGUCAGCAGUAAGAUCGCUGUAUUAUCCCAUGGGAUUUGUUUGCCAGUUUGUCCUAGAAGCUAAGAAGGUAUUGCAAAGACUGCGGAAGCUACAUCUGGAAUGGAACGAUCUGAUACCUGAAGAUUUACAAACCCUCUAAAGUAAGUGGCAGUGGGUGUUGACUGUCUUAUCACAAUUUCAAGUACCGCGAUGCCACCUGAUCGACAGUACAGUAGUCGACAUAUCCCUUCAUCUAUCUUCUGAUGCUUCAGAAGAUGGUUACUGCAUGUGCUCCUUUCUCAGAUUUGUUUAUGCCUGUGGAACUAGUUGUUAGGUGUUCUUUUCUAAUCGGAAGUUUAAGGAGUUCGCCAGUGAGACCAAUUUCGACUCCAAGGCUUGAGUUGCAAGCCGUCACAUUGUCUGUGAAGAUGUACAGGGUGCUUGUAGAUGAACUGACUUAGAAGAUUAGCAAAUCUACAUUUUGGUCUGAUUCCCAGACGAGGUUGCAGUAUAUUAAUAAUGAAUCUAACCGAUUUCAGACCUACGUUGCAAACCGUAUGGCUGAAAUACGUGAAGUGAGAACCGUUAACACUGCGGGUGAUGUAUCAUGUGGCUUAAAAACCUCAGAAACUUUCUUGUCAACAUCAACGGUGGAGAGAACUUGACUUCCUUUGAGAGGCAGAGGAGUUGCUGGCCAGAUGUAGUAAUUUGCGCAAAAGUUACAGAGAGUGACCCGAAGUUGCGGAUUUUAGCAAAUGUUCACCUGAUUAGUGUUGGAACACAUCGUUUUGACUGUCAUCCUACGAAUGCAGUGAGAAUAACGAUGCAUCAGAAGAUAGUCAUGCAGGUUUAAGGGGGCUCACAGAGAGCUGCAGCUCAUGGCCAACCCUGCAACGCCAGGUAGCGUGGAUAGUGCGAUUUUGUCAGUCGGGUUGCACAUUCUAGCGAACUAUUGUUUUUAGAGAACCUUAAUCAGUCAACUCAAUUUUUUUUCGCUGUGUUGAAAAUUAAUGCUUCCCUGAAGAUGUCAAGGAAGUGGAGCAGAAUAAGGAGGCAAGAAAUGCUGCAAGCUAUCAAAUCUGAGACCAGUAUUUGUAGGUGGAGUCAUACGAGCAGGAGGACGAUAAAACAAAACUCUGGUACUCUCAUGGGAAGAGAAACACUCAAUGGUUCUACCAAAGCGCCAUCAAGUUAACCAGUUGAUUUUUCGUCACUAUCAUGAGUCUGCUGCUCAUAGUGGAAGAGGACAAACGUUGUGAUAACUGCGAAGAAUGUUCUGGAACAUUGGUAGAAGAGGUCUAGUAAAGAGGACAAUUAGAAGCUGCAUCAGGUACCGAAGAAUAUAUGCUAAACCCUUGGAGCAGUUUAUGAGGUCAGUACCAAGAGCGAGACAAGAGGUGUACCACCCUCCAUUUGCUUUUACUGGCUUUGACUUGGUUGGACCACUAACGGUUAAGUCGGGCCGCAGAACCGCGAAAAGAUGGGGAUGUUCGCUCACGUGUCUCACGACUCACCCUAUGGAUUUGGAAGUGACGCCUUCUCUCGAAACAAUGAUGUCAUUAUGAUUCUCCGUCAAUUUAUAAGUAGAACGGGACCGCCUAAAGAGAUGUGGUCUGACAGGGGCACUAAUUCUGUAGGAGUCAACAGAGAGUUGAAAGAGUCUAUUGCGCGUUAGAACAAAGAAAAGGUCGAGAUUCCGUUGCAGCAGAGGGUAUCAAGGGUAUGUCCGCAGUUUUGGAACGUCUUAUACAGACUACGAGGAGGCAUCUAAAGAGCGCAGUUGCAGAUGAGCUUUUUAAUGACAUUGAACUUAGGACCCUGGUAGCUGUUAGCUGAAAUGGAGUCCAUAAUUAAUAACCGCCCCAUGACAGCUGUUUCAUAUGAUACUGAUGAUUGUUCAGCGCUGAAACCCAACUAUUUUCUUCUUCAGAGAGCCACUCAACUUCUACCUGGAGAAUUUGUAAAAGAGGAUUCGUUUUUCAGGAAGCGAUGGAGAAAGGUGCAGUUCCUUGCGGAUCACUUCUAGAAGAGGUGGACAUGAGAGUAUGUGCGGAUUGAGGACCUGGUACUUAUAGCAGAGGAUAACAUGUUGCGUAAUAGAUGGCCCAUGGAACGGCUGAUAGAAAUGUUUCGUGGUGAAGACGGAGGAGUACGAUCUGCCCGUGUGAAGACUGCAGGCGGCGUGUUUCAACGCCCAGUAACCAAAAUAUGCCUAUUGGUGGAAGUUAAGAAUGAUGAGCGAUCAUUGAUUGUAGAGUUUCAUGAAUAGACAUUAAAUUAAACAAACAAACUGCGUAAUUACGUAAUUACAGCCCGUUUGUGGGGCCGCUAUGUCGUGUCUUUUGCCGCCGUUUAUAAUUAUGAUAAUAUGUUUUCUUUAUCUUGGCAGCAUAUGACUUCAUAUUGCGUGGUUCAGUCGGUCACAAAUUUUGAGCUUCGCGUCGAGGUUUUUCGCGUAGAUUCUGUUUUCUAGUUUUUCUUUUGAUGUGGUAGCACAAACAUUGUUACUUCUCAAGUAUCUUCGAUGUAUUUGCUUGUAAGAGAACGGUAAAAAGAGUGAAAAAAUUAAAUGACUGAAGAACUGGAAAUUUGUGCAGAGCGAUAAUCUCGUGUGUACCUUCCCAUCGAUGUGCAUCACAACUGUACAGGGACGUUUAGACUACGAGCAGUCUCUCUCUUUUCUGUAGUGCGUCGAGCAAAACGCGAGACACGCAAAUGGCCACGCGCGUGACUAUGGCGCGAGACGGUAGAGGCACGAAAAAAGAGAGACUACCAGCAAAGCCAGAGAGAAUGGUCUUUCACGGUCUAGUGAUUUUUGGGCGUCAAAACUGAAAUGUUGACAGGCCAGGCACGUGAAACGUGACCUUAGAGUUUGCUUGAACAACAGAGGUUUUCCUACUUUUCUUUUUAAAGCGCAGCUAAUGCAGUGCAUAGAGUUAGUGUCGAUUCUAAACUAACUGACUGAGCAAAUCUUAAUUUUGGCCGCUGGUCUCUCAUUUAGAGGUCAUGAAGCUGGUCUAUUUCUCUUAUAUUAAUAAUUCAUUUCCUGUGCUUUAUAUUUUGAAUGAGAUCACCCGUGGCCUAGUCCUUGUUUGCGGGAUGUUGAAUUUUCACGGGACAGUGUUCUACAUAUCCUAAUUGUAGCUUAACUAAAGCUAAGCCAACGCUGCAAGUCACUCAAGAUCAUUCUUUGGGCGCCGAUUUGUUUUUUUCUUUCUUUCUUGAGAAUCUAUGUUCUAUAGCGCGAUGUCCUGUAGUGCAUCCGUUGGUAAUUACCAUUGUUUUAGCUUCAUAAAAUAAACAGUCUAAGAGUCUUCCAGUCUAUGCUACUUCCUGUUUUAAGCUCUAACGCAAGACUACCAUUUGGAACUAAAGCGUUCCUUGACAGUGAAGAGACGCUUUGAGCAUUUAAAUUGCGCAAUCACGUCACGUACCCGGAGAGAUGAGACCUUCUUAUGCUUCUCUUUGCUCCCUAUCUAAUGUUCUUUUUUUUUUUCGGGAAACGUGGCAAACUUUCCUACAGUGCUUCAGCCAUCAUCAACUUGUCAAUGGUUUCGAUUAUUGACAGUUAGUUGUCAACGCUUCACAAAUCAGCCAAUCGUAUUUUGCGUUGUGAGGCCAACGCUUAAUUCAUUGGCACUGGCUGAGCGGGCAGUCUCUCUUUUUCCUUCUCGGGCUGCCGCCCUCGUUUCGCGCGUCUCGCAGCUUCGCCGCUCCCGCGCCCGCGCAUUGCUCUCAUUAAAUCUGAAGAAAAAGAGAGACCGCUCGCAGUCUAAGGGACGUUAUACUCCAAAGGGGAUCUGUCUUUCAGGCUGGAGGUGUGUUAAUAAGACUGUAAUAAGAAAAACUGCCGUUUAGGUAUUUUGCAAGUGUUUUCCAACGUAUCUUGAAUAGACGCAGCCAAAGGCCGAUCGAUUUGAGAGUAUUCAUAUUUGAGUAUAACAGGGAGAUAAGGGUUGAAUCUCGGUUUGGCGCACGCCCUAUUUUUUGAGCAGCCCCUACUCUACCCGCCAUAUACUUAGAUGGAUAUGACAGCCUUUAACUGAUACCAAUGGAUAGCUACUAGCUAUGGGCCUGAAUACUCGUACUAACGUUUCUGCACCAGUUGGGUGAGCCGAUUGAAGCUGCAUGAAGGGCAGUGACUAGAAAACGAUACCCCCAAGUCAGGUUGAACGCAUAAUGGGUAUUCCACGACGUAACAAACCCGAUAGAGAACCAUUUAUUUAGAGAAUAUUUUGAGAAAAGAGAGAAAAUGUGGAUUGUAAAUCAAGUGAUGAGGGUUAAAGCCUGACGCAUUCUGUUUUCUUCCUUCGUAUAUUAAUUACUUCAAGAUAUGGAACUAUUUUUUAUUUAUUUUAGGAGAUGAUGACAAUCUGAUAAUUCUUUUCUAGUCACAAACCUUUGAAGCCGCUUGUUGUUGUUAAAGCGUGACUUUGCAUUACCAAUCGCCGUAUGUCAUUGGCGGGAUCUCUUCCGUUCUUAUGGCAUUUCAUGUUUGACCAAGUUUCCUUUUUCCUGCUGUGAUAGGACAAUGCCCGUAACGACACCGACCUAGAUGAGCGUUUCCUCCGUGUUGACAUCAAUGGUAAGAUGAAAAAAUUCAAGCUGACUAGAAAGGACUGGGAACUCAUGGAUAUCAACGAGUUCCCGAGAGGAGGCCGUUUGUUGGGUGGUGCCUGGACCACUAUAUUUAAGCGUGGAGUAAGGAAGAGCAAUCGUUGGUGCAGCGUACGCUUCACAAACAACCACGUACGCACAGAGAACUCCCGUAAAAUGCAUUCAGCACCAUUCUUCAGAGGAACUGGGGAAUGCAAGCGUGAAGAGUGCAACGUGAAGAUGAAAUUUGUCAUCCCCGAAGAAAGAGGAAAAUACGUCUACGUGACGUAUAUGGGAAAUGUUCAUCACAAGCUCUCUGAGUCAUCUGUGUCGGAGACAUGAGAUCACACAUGGUGAAAAUGGCAUGGAAAGCUACUAGAGCGAGGUAGUUGUUUAGGCCUUCUAGGACCCAAUGGGUUUAUAAGGACGUCGAUCAAUAAUAGUACCCUGCAAGUAGCCAUCAAGUUAUUUUACGAACUGGGUGGAUAAGGCAGGGUAGGGAUAUUACUAAUUUUCCCCGUUUUCAAAACAGUUAACUCUCUCUAAGACGGACACCUUAGGAUCGGGCACUAAGUGUAAGUCUUAUGCAGAGUCAAAAAUAGAGAGUAACGAAAGGCAGGGACUAACUUUAGGUUUCCCUUUGACAGAGGUGUCCGUUAAGAGAGAGUCGACUGUACUGAUCAUUUUUAGGUGUUAUAGAAAGAAGGGAAAACUCAAAAGUGAUUCAGAAGCUACUCGUCAAAACUUUAAAAUUUAAGGCGCUUUUAGUAGACUAGCUGUUCAUUUUAACGCCAGCUAUUAUAGAAAAAUCAUCAAAAUACAGUGUGCUUGGAUUAAAUGGAAGCAGUUGCCCUAGAGCAUAGCUCCUUCAGUUUUGAAGGUUUUAUGCGAUCAUAUUAUUCUUUUAACAGAUGUGCAUUUUUGCAUGGUGGUGAGUUUAUUAUUUGUAGCCCGUUUAGUGGUAAUAAUAAGUUUUGUAAUUGUUUAUUUUGCGAUAAUAUUUUAAACGAAAUACCGGUAGGUCGAUUUCUGGCGUGGGUUGUGACUAAUUUACGACAGAAAAAGAAAACGGUUAGACUUUCGACAGUAAAAAUAGGUGAAAGUAUGUUUGAGGUGAAUGUCCUCGGAUUCCUCCCGAAGCACUCGCUAUAUCGGAAAUGGAUUCCGUUUUUUUGCCCAGAUGUGCGGGGGUGGUGGGGUGGGAAAAGUAAAGUCAGUCCUUGCCUUUUUUUCCUUUCCUCCCUUUCUCAUUUUCCUCUUCUACUUUCUAUUGCAUCUUCACGCAAAAGCAUAAGUGAUACCGGUAUAAAAUGGGUCAUAAUGUUUUAGGUGAUACCAAAAUCUGCAAUUUAAACCCCUGUAGGGGGAAACCAGUAUGUCUUAUCCCUUUUAUAGUGGAAGCCCGUUAAUGAGACCACGACCACCGGCCAUGAAAUCCUGGUCGUAAUAACGAGGUGGUCGCAUUAACGGGGUCUUCAAAAUAGUAAAAUAACCUAGUUAUUAUUAAGUUUUUGGUCGAAAGAAUAUGGUUGUAAUGACGAGGUGGUCGUAAGGCGGGGCUCCACUGUAUAUGGGAAUCCUCUGGGGCCUAGAGUGCGACGUGCUUGGGUGAUAUGGAAACAUUCUUCUUUGCGAACAAAAAGUUGUUUUGUUUUUAAAAGGUUUCAUCAGAUUACUGCAGUUUUUUCAAUUAGGUGAGCUCGGUAUGAUCUAGCUUAUUGUAUAGUCUAAAGUUUUGCAUGGUUGGCACGUAGUUAAUUACCUGUAGCCAUUUGGUCGAAAAGUUGGCAAAUAUGUCAAUUUUGAUCGAAAAUGUUAAUCUACCUAAUGAACAUGAUCUUUUUAAAUUAACAUUUUACACUGAGCCACAAUUAGUGCUUAUUUUCUCAUUUUAUCCAGGAAAGAAUUCGUAACACUUUUUAAAGCUAUCAAUAAGAUGC